AUGGUCGAUAUAUCUCGCAAGAUCCCACUCUGGCUCGACUGUGACACCGGGCAUGAUGAUGCAUACGCUCUCCUCCUUAGCGCGCACGAUCCCCGCGUUCAACUCCUAGGUGUCACGACUGUACACGGCAAUGCCGCACUUGAUCAAACAACAUUCAACACCAGAGCGAUACUCGAGGCAUUGGGAAGGCGCGAUGUGAAAGUCUAUGCAGGCGCAGCAAAGCCAAUUGUGCGCGAUGCUGUACAUGCCGCCGAUAUCCACGGCGAGUCCGGUCUGGAUGGAGUCACAUUACUGCCCCAACCCUCGGAGCCAGCAGCCACCGAUGUUAACUAUCUGGAGGCCAUGUACAAUGCUCUCAUUGCUACACCGCCCAACACAGCGUGGCUUGUCUCGACAGGCACGUUAACCAACAUCGGCUUGUUGUUCCAGAAAUACACCGAUCUGGCAGACCAUCUCAAAGGGCUGAGCAUAAUGGGAGGAGCAGUAGGUGGAGGAUUUACUGACGCCCCCAUGGGGAAAGUAAAAGGUGAGGGCGAGCGCUUUGGCAAUUGGACUGCCUAUGCCGAAUUCAAUAUCUACUGUGAUCCUGAAGCAUCUUACUUCAUUUUCUCACAUCCGAUCCUGAAGUCGAAGAUAACCCUCAUCACACUCGACCUCAGCCACCAAGUGCUCGGCACAAAGGCAGUUCGUCGCACACAACUCUACGGCUCCGACGAUCCCCUCGAUCCAUCCACCGUCAAAACUGAUCGCACACCUUCCGCGCUUCGAGCGUUGUUCACCCAGAUAAUGUCCUUUUUUGCCAGCACAUAUGCUGAAGUCUUCUCUAUAACCGAGGGCCCGCCUCUUCAUGAUCCUCUUGCAGUUGCUGCAAUAUACGACCCUGAAAUCUUCGAUGACAAGGGCGGCGAACGAUUCCAAGUCGACAUAGUCACCACAGGUGUUCAUUCGAUGAACCAGUCAGAAGUCGGAGAGUUGGGCCGGACAAAGAUCACCAAGCUCCAAGACGGUCAGGGUGGCUGUAGAAUACCAAGAGGCGUGGAUCUAGCUAAGUUUUGGGGUAACGUAGAGAGCGCGCUGAAACGUGCAGAUGCAGUCAGUCCGAUGCCUAAAAUACCUCGCGAGGAGUUGGAAAGAGAUGGCGUGUUUGUGGGCAUAGACUAAGCAUCAUUGUUGACGCGUGAUUGUUUUUGCAGGCGAACACUGAUCAUAGAUCGAUCUGAGAAUAGACUAGAACACGGCGCAGCAGGCACCCACGAAUAAACGAAGAGCAAUUCCUUAAACGACAAAACCUGCGCGGAGUUGCAUUUACAUUUAGC